CGUUACCGUGUCAUUAUGGAAACUUCAUCGUAUUUAUUUAUGAGUAAAAGAAAAAGAUUAAAGAUUUCGUCCAGAAAAAUGGAAAAACGUUCAAGUUCUGAAAGUAAUAUAUCCUUAGACAGUCUAGAAGCAGAUUUUAAAAAGACAGCUAUUAAACAAGAUGGACUAGCAAUCGAAAAUGUUGACACAAUAUUAGUACCAUUUUAUGAUAAAGAUGUGCUUAUUAAAAUACCAAAAGGACAGUCAAGGAAACAAAAACAAGAAAGUGGUAAUCUGGUGAAGAAAGAAACACAUUAUAUAAAUAGUUAUCUUGUUAAUAAGGAACGAGAUAAUAAAAGAAUUCGACAUGUAUCAUAUUUGGAAAUGUUUCGAAAACAAUUUUCAGCAAAAGAUACCGAAAAGAGAAACAAUAUGCAAGAAAUACGUUCUAUUUCGCCGGAAUUUGGAGAUACAGAAAGAGAAAGCAUUAGUGAAGUAAUUGAUAAUCCUGCUACUGAAUUUUACAAUACGGAAUGCUACAACGAAAUAUUCUAUGAUAGACUUAUUAACCCAGAACUUAUAAAUUACUUAGAUAACUCUUUUGAAGAAGACUUGCGUUUUACUGAGAAAUUGAAUAACAAAUCACCUGAAGACGUGGGCGAAGAUAACUUUAAAAGUGUUUCUGAAGUUUUCCAGCCUCGGCGUCGUUUGAGGAGAGCUACAGUUGAACCCGUACCGAAUCUGAAACUUGGCGGACUUGGGCCUGACAUUGAAAAAAUUAAGCCCAGAUUAGAAAGAGCUCGAAGUCUACAGAGGUAUUCAGAAAAAGUUAGAAUGGAAAAUAGAUUAAAAAUAUAUAAAAAGUCAGUGCAGGAUGAUAUUGACAGGAAAGCUGAGAAAGAUUUUUCUAUCCAACAUCAACGCAUAAAAAUAUCUAAGGAAGACGAGAAUACAUCAUAUUUAGUAAAUAAAUCGUCAACAAAUAAAACAUCUCGGGUGUCAAAAAUAUAUUAUUCUAAAUCAAAAUCAGCUGGAGCAGAUAAAAUACGGGAUAGAUCUAAAGACAAACUAUUACAAACGAAUGAAAAAUCAAAACUUAGUAAUAAAAGCCAUAACAAUGAAAAACAAAACCCAGAUUGCCCAGAAACACGCUUAAAAAAUUCAUUAAGAACAGGAAAAACUAACGCUAAAAUAACAAAUGUAAAUGACACUAACUAUAGAGUUAAAUCUACUGAUAAAAGCAAGGGCAUUAAUGUAGAUAUUCGAACGUUAAAUUCACAACCUCCAGUACACAUUAGUUUCUUGUUAAACAUUGGAGGAAUACGUCCAUCUAGCGCAUUGCAGCAGUUAGAAGAGAAACAUAAGAUGUAUCAAGAACAAAUAAAAGCUUUCACAAUGGAAAAUAACAAUAAUAAUUAGAUUUUUAUUAAUUUAUUCUAGGUCUUAAAAUAUAAAUUCUUUUGUUAAAUAUGUCAUGUUAAUUUCAAUAAAGUGCGUCGA